GUUAUCUCAUCGGCAACGCGUCGUCAUCAGAGAGGGUUGAGAGAGAGAGAGCGAGCGAGAGAAGCAGGAAGAUGAUAGCGCUCGGGGUCUCGUCGCCGUCGUCGUGUUCCUCAGCGCAUCACGUCCUCGCUUCUCUUGGGAUUUCACCUCAACUGCAUUCAUGGAGGGCUUCCUCAUUCCGUGGAAUCCGACUGGAGGCUGGCGUCCGAACUGCGACGCCGCUGUCGUAUCGCAGUGGCGCCAGCGGCGGACGGAUGGUGGUGAAUAUGGCGAAGCGGGAGGAGGAGAUGAAGGAGAUUCGGGCGAAGACGACGGAGGAGAUCAACGAGGAGGUGAUCGACCUCAAAGGGGAGCUCCUCAUGCUCCGCCUCCAGAAAUCUGCACGGAACGAGUUCAAAUCCAGCGAGUUCGGACGCAUGCGCAAAAGGAUUGCUCGAAUGCUGACGGUAAAAAGGGAGAGAGAGAUUGAAGAGGGGAUAAACAAAAGAUUGUCAAGGAAGCUUGACAGGAAAUGGAAAAAGAGUAUUGUGGUCAGGCCACCUCCUUCCCUAAGGAAGAAGCAAGAGGAGCAGAAAGCUGCAGAAGCAGAAAAGUCAUCAUAGAUCAACUUCAUGUAUCAAGUAACAAGCAUAUUUCUCAUGAAUCCUGAUGUAUUCCUGCUGAAUUUAUUAAUGCUGUCUAGGUGCCAUGGUACUUGAACUCAGUUCUUUUCUUUUGCAGUGAUGAAUCCUGUUAUUAGAAAUUGUCUACCAGAGUUGUCUUGAUCACAUCAUGCUGUAGUGUUAUUUUACCAUUA